UCCAGUGACUGUUCGUCAAGCCGGCACGUAUUUUCGUUCCACACGUUCCACGGUGCGUUGUUGUCGCGUGUGUUACCGGUGUCUUUAUUUUCUUACUGACAGAGACGCGCGCAGUACUUCACAAUGGUGAAGUUAUCACAGGACCUUAUACAGAUGGCCGCGCAGUCUAUCAAUCCAGUUCGGGACAGAGAGCUCGACUUGCGAGGUUACAAGAUUCCCGUUAUCGAAAACUUGGGAGCGACGCUGGAUCAGUUUGACUGCAUCGACUUGUCUGACAAUGACAUCAGGAAGCUGGACGGAUUUCCGCUGCUCAAGCGCCUCAAGUCGCUGAUGCUCAACAACAACCGCAUAUGCCGCAUUGGGGAGAACUUGCAGGAGCAACUGCCGGCGCUGGAGACCCUGGUGCUGACCAACAACCAGGUCCAGAACCUGGGCGACCUUGACCCACUGGCCAGCAUCAAGACGCUCACCUACCUCAGCCUGAUGAAGAACCCCGUGACAGUGAAGCGUCACUACCGGCAGUACCUCAUCCACAGGAUCCCGCAGUUGAGGGUGCUUGACUUCCGGCGCAUCAAGCAGAAGGAGCGACAGGAGGCCCAGCAGCUGUUCAAGGGCAAGCGGGGCAAGCAGCUCGAGAAGGAAGUGGGCGUCAUCAGCGGAGGAGGAGGAGCUGGCCCCAUCCGCAGCAGCAAUGCCGCCUCGGCGCAGCCUCCGCCACCAGGCGCGGGUCCGACGCCGCCAGCCUCGACGAGCCGGAGCGGCCAACUGGAGGCCCUCAAGCAGGCCAUGUCGCGCGCCACCACCCUGGACCAGGUGGAGCACCUCAGCUCGGCCCUGCAGUCGGGCGCACCCUUGCUGCCAGCAUCCAAGAAGGCCUCGUCCUCAAGCACGAGGCCGCCAGGAACGGAGGAUGUUGAAAUGGAGGAGACAAACGGCCACUGAGGAGUCCAAAAUCAUUCCUGAAAGAGUUGCUGAAAGUUUGAGACUUCUGGUGUCUUGUCAUCGUUCACAAAGCCCACUACAUACUUUUUUUUUUUCUUUCAGUCGCUUCCACGCUCUCCACUGGCCAAGGUGACGUAAGCAGCUUUGCUUUUGUAUAUUUUAAAUCGCUGCAUGCAGCAGCUCAGACUGUUUCCAUUUCCUUAACACCUCGAAAAGUGCUGUCAAGAACAGAUACGGCACGUUUGGUUUAAUCUUGCGAGGCCAGCUACUGGAGCAGCGCGAGAAGCGGUGUCACUCAUGAGGCUAAUAAAUUUUCUAUACCAUUCUCGUUGA